ACUCUGGAUCCUGGGAGGCAAGCGGCUUGUGAACUCAACUAUUCACAAGUGCAUCAUCUGUCGCAAACUUAGAGGAAGGAUGCAGGAACAACAGAUGGCAGAUUUGCCCGCAGAGCGCCUCACAACCUGCCCUCCCUUCACGUAUGUGGGCCUAGAUGUUUUCGGGCCCUUCCACGUCUCCGCCAGACGCACCAGAGGGACGCAACCUGAGAGCAAGUGCUGGGCCAUCCUAUUCUGCUGCAUGAGCUCCAGAGCAGUUCACAUCGAGGUGAUUACCUCAAUGGACACCUCAAGCUGCAUAAACGCGUUGAGGCGUUUCUUUGCCAUCAGAGGACCAGCCAAACAACUGAGGUCAGACUGCGGCACAAAUUUCAUUGGGGCCUGUAAAGAACUUGGGCUGAGUGCAGAUCAACCAGACAGCGCAGUGCAGAGAUACCUGCACCAACAAGGAUGCUCCUGGGUGUUUAACCCGCCCCAUGCUUCACACAUGGGGGGUUCAUGGGAGCGCCUCAUUGGGGUAGCCCGAAGAAUCCUGGAUUCGAUGCUCCGUGACCACAGCACUCGCCUUACUCACGAAGUUCUGUGUACUCUAAUGGCAGAAGUGACCGCAAUUCUGAAUGCAAGACCACUAGUUCCGGUGUCAAAUGAUCCAGAGAAUCCAUACAUCCUCACACCAUCGAUGUUGUUAACACAGAAAGCUGGUGCCCCACCACCCCCAGGUGACUUCACAGACAGGGACCUCCUCACUAAGCAGUGGAGACAAGUACAAGCCUUAUCCAACUUAUUCUGGAACCGUUGGAGACAAGCGUACCUGUCAACCCUACAAAGUCGCAAGAAAUGGACAAGGUCCCACCUGAACCUGCAAGACGGUGACAUCGUCCUCCUCAAAGACAACCAAGCUGCCCGCAACAACUGGCCUUUGGCAGUGGUCACAAAGGCUAUUCCUGGAACAGAUGGAAGAGUCCGUAAAGUGGAAUUAAGGACAGCAAACCAAGGACAAUCAAAGACUUACCUUAGACCAGUUACCGAAACUGUUUUGCUUCUCCGUAAGGACUGAUGCUUCAGAUGUGAUUCUUGUUUGAGUUUAAUGUUUAUUGUGGUGACCUCACAGUGGUCAGGCGGGGAGUGUGUCGCCAUUAGGGCUAUGUAUAUAGAGAAACUUUUAUAUUGACACUUUGAGAAAGAAUAGCACUUUUAUUUUGAUACCGUUUCCUGUAUUUUCUUUACCACUUCCUGCCUUGUCAUCAGUUACUUCACGUUCAGUUCCUGUCUACUGAAAUCGGUUUCUACUUCAAAGAAUUCCUCCGUGAACGAUGCUAGAAGCAAAGUCUUUUCACUCUGCCAUGUAAUGCUGGAUUCUUCAGAUAAACAACAGUGAAAUGUUAACUACAGAACAGACUCCUGGUUAUUGCAUCAGAGUUUAACUGGUUGGAUAGCUUCAGUUCAUACACUGCA